CUUGCGUCUUCAGGGCAAUUGGUUCCCUCUCGUAUGCUCGCUCGUUACCCUCUUGCUCGGAUGGCAGAGCCGCUUCGGUAGAACGAUGAUCACUCAAUUGAACGCAGAUCACCUUUGCCUGUCUCUCGACUGUACUUUUACCGUGUAUAAUGCCCUCAACUUACCAGCCUUGUUGGCGAUCUGGAGUCACGUUGUAUCCUUCCCAGGCUGGCUCGACUCGAUUCUUUCAUCUAUCCACCAUCUGUUAGGCGCCGGGCUGCCCACUAGUAAGAGAAUAUGGCCGCUCCUCCGACCUGCUCCCUCGAGUCCGCCAUACAGUCCGGCAGUGGUGUUCUUUCCAACUUUGGGCAAGAACCACCACCUCACAUGCACAAGCCCAUUGAUCUGGGUACCUUGCGCGUCCCUCAGUACAGCGACCAUGAUGUCGUGUCUCCCCUCCACCUUCGUGUCCUACGCAACGACCUAGCCAACCACUGGUGGCUCGAAUGGCCAGUGGGCACUUGCGAAAGUCACCAUGUCUCCCGCGUCAACGACCCCGUCCGCCGACUGCAGGUUGUGCAGGAGCGCUGCCACGAACAUCUCACGAACUGGGGUGGAAUCACGGUGAUCUCGACCGACGACUUGCAGUCGGUCGGACCGGGAUGUGCGAUCCUUCUGGGGAUCAUGGACCUUGUCCAGAGGCAGGCGCUUGAACGCAUCGCGGUCACAGAGCCAGUGUUGGUGCCGAAUGGCGAGUGGAACUGCCAGAACUGGACCAUCAGUGUGUUGCAGAAAGCUGUAGACGCCGGAUUUUUGGAUCGUGCUGCCGUAGACGACGCCGUCAUGCAGGCGCUCGCAGUGCCGACGCUGUGAUUGCAAUGAAUGUAUCUGCGGGUAUCCCAGUGCUAUAUCCCAUGUAUAUCACCCAUCCCAUGUAUGUCGCCAUUCCCCAUGUAUGCAAACCGAAUGCCCUGUACGUAUGAAUGUUCGUAGAUGCCCAAAGCCCUGUUUACAAGCCCAACA